GAUUCAGCCGAGGUGGAUGUGGAAAUAGAAAUGAAAGACAGCUAUUCUCUUGUGAAGAUGAUUUUACCGUGGUUAUUCCUGUGGAAUCUGUUAUGCUAGAGAGAGAGUCUGACGCUGAACCUGAAGAGCCUGAAACGCCGGAAGAGGACGAGAGUUCUGAGGAAUUCGAUUCAUCAGCACUUCAAGAUAGUGAAAAACAGCAAGAGACUGCACUUCAACAAACGCAAGUUUCCGAAGAGGACCACCAGGAAGACUUUUCUAUUACAGCUGUUAGAUUCCACGACGGAGAGAAAGAGGAAGAGCGACAAGAAGAGAACUUUUCUUCAGGUUUAAGUGACACUGAACAGAGAUUAAGAGAGGAACUUACAAGAACAGAACUUAGAGUAGUUUUGUUGAGCAAUGAGCUCUCAAGAAAGCAUCAGGAAGCGGAAAACUUUCAGAGACAAAUUCAGAAGAUGAAGCAACAGUUGACGAUGAGAGGAGAUCGAAAAGAGAAUUUUCGAACACAACUGGAUAAGGAGCAAAGAUUGCGAGCGGAAUUAAACGAAAAAGAAACGACAGAAAUUCUGCUACGAAAACAGCUCAGAGGAAAGAAUUGUCAAGAAGCAAGUCUCCGGCGGCAACUGGGGAUGCAAAAGCGACAACUGGAGGAGAAAGCUAAGAGUGAUGAAACUUUACGAGAACAAUUUAAAGAAAUGGAACGAAGGUUGAGGGAAGAAAUAACUGAGAAAGAUGCGAGACAAGUAGUUUUGUGUGAACAGAUCACAGAAAAGGACCAGCAGUUAACGGAGAUGAUACAACAAUUGACAGUGACAGAGGAGCGAGAAGAAGAUCUUAAGACGCAGGUAAGGAAUGUAGAAGAACAGCUGAGAGAGAAUGAGGAUCGAGUUGAGAAUUUACGAACGAACCUGAAAGAUGUUGAGCAACGAUUAACGCAGAAAGAGGCACAAGAAGAAAAUUUACAAUCAGACCUAGAGCAGAUAGAACAAAGGAUGAGAGAAGAAUUAACACAAAAGGAAACAAGAGAAACUGAGUUGCGCGACCAGCUUAGAGAAAGGGAGGAGCAGGCUGUUGACUAUCAGAGACAUUUGAGCGGGAUGGUACAGCAAUUGUCAGAAAAAAACCAUCAAAAGGAAACUUUGCUGAGACAAAUUAGGGAGAUGGAACAGCGAUCGAGAGAGGUUACAGCGGAGAAUGAGAUGAGAGAAAAUGAGUUUCGUGAACAACUCAGAGAGAGAGAGCAAGAACUGAGGGAGAUGGCACAUCAGUUGACUGAGAAGGAGCAAAAACAGGAGAACUUACGCAAGCAAAUAAGGGUACAUUUAAUGGAACAACGGCUGAGAGAAGAAAUGAUAGAAGAAGCUACUAGGCUUGGUGAGCAGCUUAGAGUAAGGGAUCAACAAAUAGAAAACUUUCAGAUGCAGUUGCAAGAGUUGCGUGAACAACUCAGAGAAAAGGAUCAGCAUUUAGCAAACGUUCGAACGCAGCUGGAGGAGCGAUUUAGAGAAAUGGUAGCAGAAAAUGCAAAUCUAAGACAACAGGUUGUUAACCUCGAGAAUCAAGCCGGAUCACAGUCCAAUGAUUGGGUAAUUUCCCGGGAUGAUAUUCAGUUGACUGAUAAAAGCCUUGGAGUUGGAGGGUGGGGCGAGGUUUUCGAGGGCAGGUACUGUGGUUGUUCUGUUGCCGUGAAGCGAAUCCAUGAGGCAAUUAACUCGCCUUACAACCAGAGUUUGUUCCAGAGGGAAAUUGAUAUUGCUUCGCGAUGCCGACACCCUUGCUUACUGCAGUUUAUUGGAGCGACUAAUGAUGAGGAAAUUCCAUUGUUUGUUACUGAGCUGAUGGAAUCGAAUUUGCGCGAGCUACUGAGACAACGACGUCUUUCCCGUAAGGAAAUCACUGUAAUUUCGCUCGAUGUGGCUCGAGCGUUGAACUACCUCCACCAAAAGAAACCUUUUCCUAUUUUUCACCGCGAUGUUAGUAGCGGCAAUGUGUUGCUAUGGCGACAGGGUGAUCAAUGGCGAGGCAAAGUGUCAGAUUAUGGUUCUGCUAAGUUUGAGGAACAGUUUAUGUCAAUUGGCCCAGGAUGUUUCGCCUACAGUGCACCUGAAGUGCAGAGACCAACAAAGCAGACAGCAAAGAUUGAUGUCUACAGUUUCGGUGUUCUCCUCUGUGAAAUGUGCAUUCAGUCAUUCCCGGAUUAUGAAAACCGUGAACGUCAAAUCGCUCAGAUGACAGACCAGGUAUUGCAAGACCUCGUCCGCCGAUGGAUAACUAUCCAGCUACAGAGCUGUUAUAUUAGGCUGUAACAUGCAAUCCCAGAGUCUCAAUCUGCAAAACACGACGAGUGAAAACAAA